GACUGGUGAUUCUCUUUCCUCUGACUCUCCCUCAGUCUCCAGGUAACCACCUCUGGGCUUCCAGCUUUGUCCUUCCUUCCGUCCCCUACGAGCACCACCCCUCCACCUUCAUGCUCUUUCCUAGCAAACCAUUUACACCUUCCUGUCACUUGUCCCCCCUUCUCCUUCAGAGGAGAAAUGACGGAUGCCCGGAAAUGAAGAUGGGAGCAAACCAGGAUCUUCGUGGUCUCACUCGACCCCUGUCCAGGGCCUUCGUUUUAUGAUUGAGAUGAGACCGCUCCCUUCCGCGGGGGUGGGGGAGAGAGGAGGCGAUGGAAAGAAGCGUCCUGUAGCUCUAAGCGUCCACCCCUCUGGCCCUCAGAUGGCUCCCUCUGUCCAUCUGGUCCUGCUUCUUGCCGUCUUGCUCAGCCUGGGGGAGACUCCUGCCUCUGUACCUGUCCACCAGGGGCGAGGAGGCUGGACCCUCAACAGCGUGGGCUAUCUCCUGGGUCCCGUGCUCCACCUUCCCCGGAGCGCGGACCACGGAGGGAAGGAGAAGACAGCCCUGGAGGUCCUAGACCUGUGGAAGGCCGUUGAUGGGCUCCCCUAUCCCCGCCCUCAGCGGGCCUCCAAGAGGAGCCUGAGGGAGACCUUUGCCAAAGCAGAGACUGCAGAUCUGGGCAAGCUCAGCGAGAAAGCCCCCAAGGAGGGAGAUGCCCUGCGGUCCUAGAUGUCUCCAGACCUCUGCUCUGCAUCCAUCUCCCCAGCUCCUCCUGAACCCCUGUCUAGCUCCCUCCACUGAGACUGAGAUCCUGAAGUCAAGUCCCUAAAUGUCAUGCAGAAAAUUUAGAGCAUUGGGAUAAUUUUCUUAAAAGUCCCCAGGCUGCCUCAGGUUUCACUGACUUAUCCUUGGAGUAAGUAUAAAGUGUUGUUAACAAACUCAAGAAUUAAUUCUGGAGCCAUUUAGGAAUGCGGGGUGAUGAGGGAGUAUUUCUGCAGUCCGUGUGAAGUAAUUGUAUUCUUUGGAAUCAUCCCAGCCCUAACACGAGCUAUUGACUAACAUGAUAUGAAUAUCCCAUUUGCCUCUGAGAGUCUAUGAUGUCUUGACUCAAGAAGAUUCUGCCAAGUAGCAGGCAUGCCUUCCCUCCUUCCCCCACCCCGGCAUCCUCCAGCUGGAAACGGGGAGAGGUACUCCAGAGCAGAGUGGAGAGAAUAAAACAUUUCUUUGCCAA